AAAAUUAUUAAGCUAUAAAAAUAAAUUGUUUUUGUUAAUGAAUUUUUCUUUCUUAAAAAAUUGAAAUAAUAUGAAAUUAAUUUUAGACAAUUUUUUAAUCUGUAUCCCAUAUCCAUUCGUUUUUGUAAAAAUUUACAUUAAGUUAUUUCAGUAGUUUUGUCAAAAAAUGGGCUGUGUUCUCGGUGUUUGUGCAGCACAGAUUGCAUGUUGUUGCUGUUCAACUGCAUGUUCAUUGUGUUGUUCAUGUUGUCCAAGCAGUGUGACAUCUGUAAUGACACGUUUAAUGUAUUUGUUUCUUAUUGUCCUUGGCGUACUAACUUCAUCAGUCUUUUUAAUUCCACAAGUACAAAAGUCGUUAUCAAAAAGUGUCAACAUUCCAUUUUAUGACAACAGUGUGUGUGGUAUGAUUAAAUUAGGAAAGGAAUGUGAAAAAGCUGUUGGCUAUCAAUCUGUAUAUAGAGUAUGGUUUGCUUUUGUCAUGUUUUUUCUGCUCAUGGCUUUUCUUACAUUAGGUAUUAGAUCUUCAAAGGAUUGUAGAGCUUAUUUGCACAAUGGGUUUUGGUUCUUCAAAAUUCUUAUAAUUAUUGGAGUAAUGAUUGCAGCAUUCUUUCUUCCAGCGACUCCAUUCACAAAAAUUUGGCUUUACAUUGGUACAGUAGGUGGUGUAGUUUUCAUUAUGGUACAAGUUUUGUUUUUGAUUGAAUUUGCUCAUCGUUUAACAGAAGCCUUGUUGAAUAAAGCAGAUGACAAUAAAUGUUGUGGCUUCGUCAUGGCUAUUUUGUGUUUGAUAAUGUAUGGACUUGCGAUUGCUGGAGUUGUGGGGAUGUACAUAAACUUCACUGUGAGCAAUGCUUGUAAUCUAAAUAAAGGAUUAAUCUCCAUCAGUUUGUUUCUUUGUAUUAUUGUAUCUAUUGUCAGUGUACUUCCUCCUAUUCAAGCAGCCAAUCAAAAAUCUGGUAUCCUACAAGCAAGUGUGGUAUCUGUGUAUGUUACAUAUCUGAAUUUUUCAGCACUGGGCGCUGAGCCUGUAGGUAGCAAGUCUUGGGAAUGUCCUUACAAUUUAUCAAAUAUAAAUGGUGCUGGUGUUGCAAUGCUUGUAGUAGGCAUUGUGAUUGCAUUAAUUACUGUCUUUUAUGCUAGUUUCAAGAAAUCACAUGACGAUGUUGGUGUAAUUGAAGAUGAAGAAGCACAUAAACAGAAGGUUGCUGAUGAUGAAACAGAAAGUGUACAAUAUUCUUAUUGGUUGUUUCAUUUAACAUGCAUGCUAGCCUCAUUUUACUGUAUGAUGGUUCUGACAAACUGGUUUAAACCGGAAACUGUUAAUAAAGGUUUUGAGUUUGCUGCUAGUUGGCCCUCUAUGUGGGUGCAAAUUGUUGCUUCAUGGGUUUGCAUUUUACUAUAUAUGUGGACUAUGGUUGCACCAGUUUUGUUUCCUGAUCGAUUCAGCAGCGGUUUUUGAUAAUUUAACUAUAUGGUAUGUUAUAUAGCUAUUGAUAAAUUGGAUUUGAAAAUAUAAAAUAUUUUUAGCAUUUUAAAAGAAUAUUGUUUGGAUUUUUCUUUUAAUAUAUUCUUUUAAGUUUAUCACAUUUAAUAUAUGUGUGGGCUAUUGUAUAUGUACGGAGCUGAAAGUUUAUUUGUGACAUUCACUUGGCAACUUUUGUUUUAAUGGCUUUUUUUUAAAAAACUAUUGCUGCAAAUCGCAUAAUUUUUCAGGGUUUUUUUAUUUUAUUUAUUAGCGUUCCAAUAACGCUCGCUCUUUUUUAUAUUAACGAGCUAGUAAUGUAGUUUUUUUUUCUAAUUAGUCAACGAGCUAAAUAAUAGUAAUUUUUUAAAAUGUAUCUAUGGUAACAUACAUUAUCGUUCAUACUACCGUUUAGUUUAUAAAAUGAAAAAUUGUAAAAUAGUUUUUGUGUAUAUAAUAAAUAUUUUUUUUAAAAAAUUCUAAUGAGUUUUUUA